AUAAAGUAUGUUUUCAGCGGCAUCAAAGAUUUACUGCUAUGAUGUAGAGCUCGAAGGGGUUGUGAAAGUAGGAAAAGACUUUCUGAAAGCCUUAGACGAUGGAUCAGCCUUUGUGAAAAAGAUGAAUUUACCUUUUAACUUCAGGUCCAAGGGUAAAUUACCAAAGAAGGCCUUAGGUUCGGCGGUUAUGAGAGCUAUCACAGCAAACCAAAAUGAGGAAAAAUUUAGGACUGAUAGCAACACUCCACCAGACAUUCAAAUUGAAGAAUGCAUAGACCACUUUAAGAAAAUAGGAAACGAGAGUCUUUACGCAAUCGGCAAGAAAAUUAUAACUGAUCUUGCUAUAAAUAUGGACAUCGGCUUAAUGCUUAAAACUGCAUCUGGUGACUAUUAUACUUCGAUGCAAAACUAUAACGAUGUCGUCAGUAAAGAAAAUAUUAAAUCAACAUUAGAUAGAGAGUUUGUAUAUUUAGACGUAGUUGAAACAUCAAACGCACUGCUUUACAGCAUAGAGAGAAAACUGCUAAAUGAUAUUAUUGCAAAUCAAACUGAUGGCUUAUUUGAUAACAGCGUUGAGGCUAUGAACGAAAAGAUUUAUAAGCAUAGCGUUCAAGAGAAAAAGAAUAAAGUUAAAUACAUUUGCGAGAAAUAUAAGGUUUGUAGGCAUUAUCCUGCGUUCACCGAUUACUGCGCAGAUCUUAUAACCGAAAUAUUAAAGCUAACUGAUAAGAAGUUUACUGCAAUGAUUGAAAUAUUAAGAAUAAUUAUAAUGGAGAAUAAAGGUUUCUUUGAAAAAGUCAUGGAAAAGGAAGAAAAAUAUUUAAUAAUAAAGAAACUUGAAUCUCUUUCUACAGACUUGUUUCAAAUGAAGGAAUUUUUCGCCGUACUCAGAGGAGUCAUAACGCAAAGAUUUAAAGCCGUUUCAAGCAGCGAAAAAAGCUUAAAAUCAAGAACUAUAGCUACGCGAAUACUUCUGGACAUAGUGGAUAAAGCUCUGAGUGGUGAUGAAGAUCUGUUAGCAAUUGACUUUGAUAAUUCUGUAUCAGCAUUAAGAAGUUGGGAAGACGGCGUGCGAGAAAACAUACAUGGUAUUUACGAAGACUUCGCGAAAAAUCUCUUCAGAAUCAUGCAAUUUAACUUGACUAAAAACGCACGGAAAGAAAUGAAAAUAUUAAUUCAAGCUAUCAUGGGGAAAAUUGAUGAAGACGAUAAAUUUGUUCAGAAUUUGUUUGUGAAUGGGUCAAAGUAUGUUAAAGGUGAAGAUUUUCAUCCUUUCAUAGAUAAUUUAGAUGCAUAACAUUUUCGAUGUAACUCGUCGUA